GCAUUUGGCUGAUUUUCGAGCGCACCGGGAGCAGUGCCUCCGGCAGCCUUGGGUCCGCACACGCCCAUUCCGAUAGGAAUUCGGGGCCAGCGCUGGCCAUCUCCUGCGGGCCUGGGGCGGGGCCGGCCCCACCCUCGAGAGGCAAGAAGGCCAACUAGGGGGUUGGGAAAUGUGACCCUGGCUACCCCAAACGCCCCCGCCUCUCUCUCGCUCACUGCUGCACCUGCCCGCGGAGCGCGCGGAGCCGCCGGCAGGGGCGAUGGCUAGCCCUGCGCCCUUAGUGGCCUCCAUCAGCCACCAAAUGGUGGCUCUGCAGACUCUGCAGCUGCUGCAGCAGGAGUGGGGCUGGGGGGACGGUCCGGGCGACCCGGGGAUCCCGCGCGAUUCAGACCACGUGUCGGCUGCCCCAGCGCGUCGCACAGGCCCGCGGAGGGCACGGCCGGGGCCUGGGCGCCAAGAGGGGGUAGGGGGGCGGGGGGCCAGGAAUGGCGGGUCUGGGGCGCGGGCAAGCUCCCCAGAAGUAGAAGUGGUGCGAGGCGCCGAAGGGGGCGCGGAGCUGCUGCCCUUCCCCAGGGGUCGGGGGCCCUGCACCCUGGCCCAGAUGGCGAUGCGCAGCGCGCUGGCCCGCGUGGUGGACUCGACCUCGGAGCUGGUCAGCGUGGAGCAGACGCUGCUGGGCCCCCUCCAGCAGGAGCGGUCCUUCCCCAUCCAUCUGAAGGAUAGUGUUGAGUUUAGAAACAUCUGUAGUCAUUUGGCUCUACAAAUUCAAGGACAACAGUUUGACAGAGAUUUGAAUGCUGCCCACCAGUGUUUGAAGACAAUAGUCAAGAAGCUGAUUCAGUCGCUUGCUAAUCUUCCUUCAGAUGCCCACGUGGUAGCCUGUGCUUCUUUGAGACAGAUCUUACAGAAUCUCCCAGACAUAUGAUGUUCAAGACACCAGAAUUAAAACCACAGCUGGUACUGCCAAGAGAACUGGGUAUCUUAGGUUCCUAAUUGAAUCAGCAGACAAUGGAUGCUUUUAUCCUCAGUAAGGAGACACUUGAUGACGUAUACAGCAGUCUGACCAAUGGCAUCUGUACCCUUUAGAUUAUAGCAUGUUGGUGAAAAUUUUUUAAAGCAGUAGUUCACAUUUUUAAGUAUGUUGAGAUAUUUGCUUACUUUUUGAUUGAAAUAUAUUCUACUUUGUGGAACUGAUUGGAUUAUAUAUGUAUAUAUUUACUAAUUCAUAUUAAGUAUUAGUUUUGAUCAAAUGAUACAUUUAUCUGUACUUAUAUUAAUGUAGGCCUAUGUGGUUUAAUAUGGUUAUUUAAUAUGGUUAUUUAUAUAUGGUUAUAUGAUUAAAGCUUCAUGGUUCUUAAAAUUAUCUUGAAUAAAUAGGAUAUUUGAUAAUUGAUAUGUUCUACUUACUGAGGAUUUCAUUUUAUGUUAUGAAAAUAAUCUUUAGAUGUUGUAGGACCACAUGUGUCAGUAAUUACGAGUUCCAAUGCUGGCAUUAAUAACUUACUGUUGGACAGGAAAAGAGUUGCUUCUAAGCCUUGUGCUUUCAUAUACUGAUUUGUAAAUUUACAAUGAUAAUGAGCUAUGAAGUACCAAGGAUAUAUGAUAUGUAAAUACAAAGUACAGUAUUAUUAAA